AACUUUUCGCCACAAUCGGUUAAAUAACGAAAAAUUUUCACAACGUUUUUUACCACCGACCAAAGCGAACGCGUUUGAAAUUCGGUCCGCAUCGGAAAAUCUCGGCAUACGGUCAACGAAAUUUACCGGAAGCACACUGGGAGGUGAUAGAAAAUGCGUGAAAUAGUUCAUAUACAAGCUGGCCAAUGUGGCAACCAGAUUGGCGCCAAAUUCUGGGAGGUUAUCUCGGACGAGCACGGAAUCGACGCGACUGGUGCCUAUUGCGGGGACAGUGAUUUACAACUUGAACGUAUUAAUGUUUACUACAACGAAGCUACGGGAGGGAAAUACGUCCCACGGGCAGUUCUGGUCGAUUUGGAGCCGGGAACAAUGGACUCCGUAAGAGCUGGUCCGUUUGGGCAAUUGUUCCGACCGGAUAAUUUUGUUUUUGGACAGUCCGGAGCCGGAAAUAACUGGGCCAAAGGACAUUACACAGAGGGUGCUGAGUUGGUAGAUUCAGUGUUGGAUGUUGUUCGUAAGGAAUCGGAAGGUUGCGAUUGUCUACAAGGUUUUCAGCUUACUCACUCGCUUGGCGGGGGUACUGGUUCAGGCAUGGGAACACUGUUGAUUUCUAAAAUACGAGAGGAAUAUCCAGACCGUAUUAUGAACACUUUCUCCGUCGUCCCUUCACCUAAGGUGUCCGACACUGUCGUUGAGCCGUACAACGCAACACUAAGCGUACAUCAGCUGGUAGAGAACACCGAUGAGUCUUACUGCAUUGAUAACGAAGCUUUGUACGACAUCUGCUUCCGAACACUAAAGCUUACCACACCAACGUACGGCGAUUUGAAUCAUCUAGUUUCAGCUACCAUGUCGGGUGUUACCACGUGCCUUCGUUUUCCGGGUCAAUUGAAUGCAGAUUUGCGGAAGCUAGCAGUAAACAUGGUUCCUUUUCCACGAUUGCACUUUUUUAUGACCGGUUUCGCACCGUUGACUUCGCGAGGAUCCCAACAGUAUCGAGCACUUACUGUUCCUGAGCUUACACAGCAAAUGUUUGAUGCUAAAAAUAUGAUGGCGGCUUGUGAUCCGCGGCAUGGCCGAUAUCUCACCGUUGCAGCGAUUUUCCGAGGACGCAUGUCGAUGAAAGAAGUGGACGAACAAAUGUUGAAUGUUCAAAGUAAAAACAGUAGUUACUUUGUCGAAUGGAUCCCAAACAACGUCAAAACGGCGGUUUGCGAUAUUCCACCACGUGGCCUGAAAAUGUCGUCAACGUUCAUCGGAAAUUCUACUGCGAUUCAGGAGAUUUUCAAACGAAUUGCCGAGCAGUUUACGGCCAUGUUUCGAAGGAAAGCUUUCCUGCACUGGUACACAGGUGAAGGUAUGGAUGAGAUGGAAUUUACGGAAGCGGAAAGCAAUAUGAAUGACUUGGUUUCCGAAUACCAGCAAUACCAGGAAGCAACCGCCGACGAAGAAGGUGAAUUCGAUGAGGAAGAAGAAGGAGCCGAAGACUGAAUGCAGUUGAAAUUCGUUGUUUUGUUAACUAUAAUAUGAGUUGAAAAUAAUCGUAUUGUUAUUCUCCGAAAUAAAAUUUGGUGAUUCUUCAAACUGA